GCAAGCUUCUCUCCUUUAUCAAAUCCAAAAAUGAAGAGUUUUCCAACCAUCAUUUUCUCCAUUGUAGUUCUUGUAGGAGCCUUUCCACAGCUGAUUUCAAGCCAAAACUGCGGCUGUGCACCAGACUUGUGCUGCAGCAAAUUCGGCUAUUGCGGUACCGGCAACGACUACUGUGGCUCUGGCUGUCAAUCCGGCCCUUGCACCGCAGCUCCGAGCAGUGGUAAUAGUGGCGUUUCAGUUGCUGAUAUUGUGACGGACGCUUUCUUUAAUGGGAUUGCUGAUCAAGCUGCUUCAAGCUGUGCUGGAAAAGGGUUCUAUACUCGAUCAGCUUUUCUUGAAGCUCUGAACUCGUAUCCCCAGUUUGGAACCGUUGGCUCUGUUGAUGAUUCUAAAAGGGAGAUUGCUGCUUUCUUUGCUCAUGUCACUCAUGAGACUGGACAUUUGUGCUACAUAGAAGAGAUAGACGGCCCCUCCAAAGAUUACUGUGAUGAGAGCAACACUCAGUACCCAUGUGUGCCAGGCAAGGGAUAUUACGGCAGGGGUCCAAUACAAAUAUCAUGGAACUUUAACUAUGGACCAGCAGGUGAAAGCAUUGGAUUCAAUGGACUCAGCCAACCUGAAACUGUGGCCACAGAUAAUGUUAUUUCAUUCAAAACUGCCUUGUGGUAUUGGAUGAACCAUUGUCAUGAUCUUAUCACUUCUGGCCAGGGUUUUGGAGCUACAAUUCGUGCCAUUAAUGGUGGGCUUGAAUGUGAUGGUGCAAAUCCAAACACAGUUAGUGCUCGAGUUGAGUAUUAUACUGAAUAUUGUAACCAGUUGGGUGUUGAUCCCGGUAAUAAUCUCAGAUGCUAGGGUAUUUAAUCCCAGGAAAAACAAGUUCGUGAUUGGGGGGGGGGGGAAAAAGCAAUAAAUUGUUUAACUUUAUUUGUUCUUUACAAGCAAAAGUUAUGACUCUUGAAAUCAAAUAAUUGAUUAUGUUGAUCUUGGUUCGACUUAA